UCCGAAGUCUGUCCCGUAGACCACAAGUCCCGCGAAGCCUGGCUCGAACAAGCCCGGGCCGCCUCCGCCGCCAACGGUGCUUCAAAUCCUCACACACCACACCCCCACCAUACUGUCGAAGCCGCACCAUCAUCACCACAGCCCUCGCAAUCAUGGACUCAGUCCCUCAAGUCCUACAUCCCCUUCACCUCAUCAGCAACAACCGCACAAACGAACACACCGAUCCCCACACCAUCCGCAUCCGCCAAAUCAGGCCUCGACACCGAGCGUGAGGUCUCGACGAUUCCCAGGACAGCGACCUCAGCGUACCCGGGCACCAGCCGCCCCUCCAACCACGAGCAGGAAACGGGUUCGGACGAGGCCACGGGGAACUGGAUAUACCCCUCCCAAAAGAUGUUCUUUGACGCGAUGAAGCGCAAGGGCCACGAUACCCGCGCGCAGGACAUGGCGACCGUGGUGCCGAUUCACAACGCCGUCAACGAGAGGGCGUGGAAGGAGAUUAAAGAGUGGGAGGCGCCUUAUCUCGAAGGCACAGUCUGCGACGGCCCGAAACUCCACUCCUUCCUCGGUCUCAGCACAAACAUGUCUCCCAAGGCGCGCAUAAACACCCUACUGGGCUACACCCCGCCCUUUGACCGCCACGACUGGGUCGUCGACCGCUGCGGCGUGCAGGUCGAGUACGUCAUUGACUUUUACGCCGGACGCCCCGACGCACGCGGCAAGCCCAGCUUCUACCUGGACGUGAGGCCGAAGCUGAAUAGCUGGGAGGGCGUCAAGAUGAGGGCCUUGAGGGGUGUUGGUUUG